GGCGCGGGCGGUGACGCGCGUCCUGUGCCUAGCUAGCGAGCUCCUGUGACCCGAUCAUAACUUUAGUGUAUAUUUAGUGUUCACGUGAACGAAUAUUUACAUAUAUGAAAAUGUCAGAUCCAGCCCCGUUGUCGAAGACGGCGAAAUACAAGAAAAUUACAAAACCACUUUUGGAACGAAAACGGCGUGCGCGCAUCAAUCGCUGUUUGGACGAACUUAAAGAUCUUAUGGUCGGAGCUUUAGAGAUCGAUGACGACAACCUGAGCAAGUUGGAGAAGGCAGAUAUCCUUGAGUUAACCGUUAACCAUCUCACAAAGUUGCACAGCCCUAGAGACCCGGUUUUGGAAGCCAAGAAGUUUCAAGCGGGUUUCGGACAAUGUGCCGCUGAAGCGUGCCGGUUUAUCAUGUCCGUGCCAGAUUUAGACGCCAACGUCAGUCAAAACUUAAUCAGUCAUCUGUCUAGACUUAUCACUGCUCAACCUCUCACUAUACAAGUACCAGACAGGCCUAACUUCUCACCACCAAACUCGCCGUCAUCCGUCAUCUCCGACAGACAACAUUACUACAGUGACCACGACAGAUCGUCAUCAGACGCGGAAGACUCAGUUUAUUCUGGCGAUGGCUCGAAACAGUGGGGGUACAAUAGACCCGCUGCGAGGGUUCCCCAUAAAGUACCUCCUACCGGGCUACUCACAACGGUAGACAAUCUCAACCAACACAACGCGCCUGAACAAAUGAACAGCCAAAGAAAUGGGGCGUAUUACAAAAGAGUUCCGGCUGAGGCGAAAGAUGUAAUCCUACAAAAAAUUCGUCAACACAUAAUGGAUAAGCGUAGCAACGACAACGUUGACGUGAAUAUGAGCGCGGAGCCAGCGGCCGAACCAAAAUAUUUACACAGAGAGGAGCCGUACAGAGCUGAGUACUCGUACCAAUACUCGCCACCGAACACGAGCAGCGACACUCUAGACCUCCGGAAGGUUAGAUCACCAGCGAAGGCGACGGAGACGGCGCACUCGCCGAAAAAACCCGUCGCAUGCUCGGUCGCUAAUCAAUUAGACGCGUCUCUCCAGAGCAAAGUUGAGGUGACACCCAGUCUUCCGGAACACUGCGAAUUGCCGAUGGAUUACAGCAACCUACCGCCUAAAAAGAAAAGGAAAUUGAUUGAGUACCAAGAGUACAAAAAGCAGGAGGCCGCCCGUCGUCAACUCGAGGCUUUUUACGAUGAAAAAAAAGAACGGCAUGGUGAGGGACCACCGGCGGACGAGGACAGCAAAUGGCGCCCGUGGUGAUGUGUCCUCCAGCGUCCAGUCACUCGCCUAUUGUGAUAUUAAUAGUCUCUUCUUCCAUAAAAAGCUUUAAUUUGUUUUAACUUAUGUAUGUUUAGGUAGUCGUUAGUCCGUUAAGUGCCUUAUGUUUGCUUUAAAUUGUUUAUGUGUAUUGAACUUAUUUAUGUGCCAUUUGUUUGAUCUCGAUGUCUUCCUAUAAAAUUGUAUUCAUGUAGACAUGCGCAGUCUUCCAUGUAUGUACAAUAAUGAUUGAUGACCAUAAUAAUAAAUGAUGUAUGU